ACCAAAGGCUAAAGUCAUUACAACAAGAAGGCGACACCACAAGAAGAAAGCCUAAAACGCAACCUUGUUUUUUCAUUCUCUAUAUGGAAGCUGUCGGCCGGAAUAUGGCGAACCAGUUUGCAAGCUUGAAGGAGACUGAGCUCUGUCUCGGCUUACCCGGCGCCGGAGAUCUCACCCUUAAAGCUUCUGGCAAGAGGGGUUUCUCUGAAACUGUUGAUCUGAAGCUUAACAUUCAGAGCAAGGAUGGUGGUGGAGUCGAUGUCAACGAGAAUAUUAAGAAUAUUCCGGUGAACGUCGACGGUCAGAAGAGCCUAUGCUCCAAGGAUCCGGCUAAGCCUCCUGUCAAGGCACAGGCUGUGGGUUGGCCACCGGUGCGUUCGUACCGGAAGAACAUCAUGGCGCAGAAGAACACGAGCGGUGAAGGAACGGAGAAAGCGAGCGGCGGCAGUGCCGCUGCAUUCGUAAAGGUUUGCAUGGAUGGAGCUCCAUAUCUUCGCAAGGUGGACCUGAAAAUGUACCAAAGCUAUCAAGAACUUUCCGAUGCCUUGGCCAAGAUGUUCAGCUCGUUUGCAAUGGGUGAAUAUGGCACUGAAGGAACGAUCGACUUCAUGAAUGAAAGAAAGUUGAUGGAUCUUCUCAAUAGCUCUGAGUUUGUUCCAACUUAUGAAGAUAAAGACGGUGAUUGGAUGCUCGUCGGUGAUGUUCCAUGGGAGAUGUUUGUAGAUUCAUGCAAGCGUUUGAGAAUCAUGAAAGGUUCGGAAGCCAUCGGACUAGCCCCAAGAGCCAUGGAGAAAUGCAAAAGCAGAAGCUAGAAGAGAAGGCUAUUGAGAAGUGUUUGUGAAGAGUGGUUCCAGCUUGGAAACAUGCAUGAUGUUUUCUGUGUAUUUUUCACUCUUUAAUGUUUUUUUUUUUUUAAAUUUUAAUUAUUAGUAUAUACAGAAAAAAA